AAGAAAUUAUCUUCUUCAUCUGGUCAUGUGUCCAGUCAGGGUGCAGUAGGGAGAAUAUCUUACUUUUUUAUUAGACUUUUAGCAUAGACAAUUUAUUCGGCCAAGGUAUCUUCCCUGGUGGCCUUGAGCUCUUCACAGGAAGCCAUGGGAUAGAACAGAACAGCGAAGACACGCCUCGCCGGCAUAGAACACAGUCUAAUGAUGUCGGGUUCUUCUUCAUCUUCUUGGCCAGGCGAUGGGGUCACGGUGGCGAUGGUGGUGGUGGAGUUGUUGGAGCAGGGGCUGAGCACUCUGAGCAAAGCAGCCAUGACCGGAGGCAUGAGCAGCUUUGUCUUCGUCGUCUACUCCAAUUCCCUCGCCGUCUUCAUCCUCCUGCCUGCGUCCCUCCUCUUCUACUGGAGAAGACCUCUUCCGAAGAUCAGACCCGCCAUCAUCUUUUGGAUCUUUCUCCUCGGCCUGCUCGGAUGCUUUUUGCAGCUGUUUAUGUACAUCGGGAUCGGGUACAGCUCUCCCACCCUGGCCUCCGCCAUGAGUGAUCUUACUCCCGCCUUCACCUUCAUACUUGCCAUCAUUUCAAGGAUGGAGAAGGUUGAUCUGGGAGUCCUCAGCAGCAGGGCAAAGUUCGUGGGCACUUUGGUCUCGAUAAUCGGGGCACUCACUUUGACUCUAUUGAAAGGGCUGCCCCUCAUAGAUAAUGGCUCAACGACGACCUUGCAGCAAAUUCUGUUGCCUCAGUCGAGUUGGAUCGUUGGAGCCAUCUUUCUUGCCUCUGCUGCAUUGGUGCUCUCUCUUCUGUACAUUGUUCAGACAUGGAUAAUCAGAGAAUACCCGGCAGAGUUAGUGGUUGCACUCGGCAGUUGCAUCUCAACGGCCAUCAACUCCAGUGUUUUCACCUUGAUUCUGGAGAGAGACCGGAACGCAUGGAGGUUGAAGCCUGGCAUAGAGCUGAUUGCCAUAGGAUACGCGGCAGUUUUCGCAGUGGCGAUUAGGAACGUGGCCCAUACAUGGGCGUGCCGCACAAAAGGGCCGCUCUAUGUUUCCAUGUUCAAGCCCCUCGGCAUGGUCUUUGCUAUAAUCAUGGGUGUCUCUUUGCUGAAAGACACCCUUUAUCUAGGAAGUGUGAUUGGAGCAGCUAUAAUAGCAGUUGGGUUUUAUGCUGUUAAUUGGGGCAAGGCUCAGGAGGAAAGGAUUGUUGCAGAAUGUCGACCGAUCUGUGAAUCUAACCGAGCUCCUCUUUUAAACACGAAGGUGGAUAUACAGUAGCUAGUAGUGCAUUGUCUUGUCUUCUGAAACAGAAAGAAAUUCUGUUGACAUUGUUGUAUGGAUUCCUCUCUCUUUUUUUUUAAUAUUUUUAAAUCGGACAUCACACAACAAA